GGCACACUCAAGCAAUUGGGUUAUAAAAGGAAGUCCUUCAUUACCAGGAAACUAGUUUCAUGUCAAAAGUGAUCGCAACAACUACUGACCAAACGUUUACUUCCUCAAUUCAUCGGGGCAGAAAGAAAACUACACACGCACGUACACACGCACACACUCACUCACAUACAUAUACAUCAUUUACGAGCGCUUCCCGUCAAAAACUCCCGGUCGUUCUGUACGCUUGAAGCUCGACUCAGAGUGGAAAAAGAGUUCGGACAGUGAUAUCUGCAAACACCCUGUUAGCAGCUCACAGGAGUUGCAUUUCGUAUCCAAGUUUCUAUUUCCGACAAGAGAAACCAGUCUCUUACCGAACGUAGAGCAGAGACAUUGAGCUGCAUAAGUACUCAAGAAGAUGCUUUUGAGAAUAUCUGUCGUUCUCCUGCUGGUCACCCAAGGAUGGGCCCAACGAGGCUCCAAAGGGCUCUUCGAAGAUGUCGAAAGCAUUUGGUCGCACAUCAGCAAGGGAGUUGACCAAUUCCAGGCGUCCGCUACUCGAGAUAUCGGCAAAUUGAAGCCUUGGGCCCAAAAGGUUGAAGAAGAGAUGAAACCAGCCUUGUCUCAAGUGGAGGACCAACUUGGCAGUGCCUUUGAUCAAAUGGCCGAACAUCUUGAUUUUGCCGCAGAUCGUGUGGACGAACCCGCCAUGAUAGAGUCCGCGCCUAACGCUGACACUCCCAUGAAACAACAUCCUUUGCAUCAGAUAUUUGGUGGCCUUAACCGUGGUCCCUUGAACCCUUUCCGAAUUUUUGGAAUCUCGAGUCGAAAAUGGUGGGAUGGUCCUAACGUUUGUGUGGAGAGGCAAAUCAUUGAAGAAGAAUCCGAAGCUGAAGAGAAAAACGAGGAUGAAAUGGAUGACACCACUAUUUCUCGUCCUGGAGUUGCCAUUCACAUGGACAUGACCCUGACCACUUGCCGUGAUGGCGACAACUUCCAUGAGUGCACCACCAAAGUGAGCACCAAUGGGAACAAGAAGACUGUGGUCGUGAAGCAUGAAUGCUGUUCCGGCUUCAGACGUAAGGGUAAUGAAUUUGGAUGCAAUCAAGAAUUGACGGAUAACUUAGCCGAAACUAUUACGGAGUUGAAAGGCGACGAAUUUCUCCAAUUGUUGAAAGCCACCAAUUUGGCUUCCAUGCUGAGCGAAAACAUGACCGUGUUCGUGCCCACUGACGAUGCAGUGGAGGAUUUCCGUCAUGAUCUGGAGAAGAUGAACGCCUUGGACCAUGAAGAAAUCUCGUAUGAGAUUAACGAUGCCAACGAUGAGAAACCCGCUGAAAUCUCAGAGGGUCUCCUUUACCGAAAGAAACGCAAUAGUGAAAUCACCAUCGUUGAAUCACCCAGCAUGACGAGCAUUUUGAAGAAUCAUUUCAUCGACGGUUGGGUGGACACCUCAGACAUGCAUGACAAUGGCAAAGCCCAGACCAGAAAUGGAGCGGAAAAUGCCAACCUCAAAUUUACCGUUUACAACACUUACCCCGAGAAAACUGUCAUGGCCAAUUGCGCCAAGAUUGUGGGUCAGAAUAACUUUGCCACCAAUGGCGUGGUCCACUUGGUGGAUAAGGUCAUCUUACCUGCCUCCAAGUCCGUGGGUGAGAUCCUUCAGGCCGACUCCCAAUUCCGAAGCUUCAGCUCUGCUUUGAAAAGCGCCAAUCUGAUGGAGAAGCUGGGCCAAAAUGACCAACGCGUGACCGUUUUCGCCCCCGUCGAUUCCGCCUUCACCAAAAUGCCGGAGGCCAUGAAGCAAAAGGUGAAGGCCGGCAAUGGAUGCAGUCAGGAUAUUCUGAAUGCUCAUAUCUUGUCCAAUUUCGUUUGCUCCGGGGCCAUCGAGACCAAAGCCAAGGCAGUCAAUGACUUGAACCAAUAUGUGAACUUGGAGAGGAACGAAGAAGACGAGCUCAUGAUUGACGGCAUCAAGGUCAUCUUGAAGGACAUUGUUGGCUCGAACGGCGUUAUUCAUGUCAUCGAGGACGUCAUCAUUCCCGAGUCUGCUCGAGAUCUCAUCGAGACCUUGGAAGCGAAUCACGCACCCACGUUUGCUGAACUAUUCAAAUUGUCUGGUCUGGAGGGCUCGGGCGAGUUCGAUAACGCCACCAUAUUUGCGCCCAAAGAGUCUGCUCUAGUGUCGUUGCCCAAAUCCUAUUUGAACGAUCUGAAAGCCGACCCCAAGAAACUUCGGGAGUUCCUGAUGUACCACGUGGUCAAGCCCAAGACUUGCAAAUGCGACUUUGAAAACAACAAGAUCCUGCCUACCGCCAUUGAGGGAAAGAACCUCCGUCUGAAUGUGCAUCAAUCCUCGCCUUUCGGCCUCAUCGACAUCCCACGCAAAGUGGCCACUGUACAGUGCGCCCGAUUGACUCGCUUGGAUGAUGAGAUCUGUGGAGGUCUCAUUCACACCGUGGAGAAGGUUCUAUUGCCUCCCGAAGGGAAUCUAAUUCAAGUCCUGAAGAACAACAAUCAAUUCAAGACCUUCAAUGAGCUCUUGAGCUUUUCCGAGGUGGAAAGCGAGCUUUCUGGCGAGGGUCCUCUUACCAUUUUGGCCCCUACGGACUCAGCUUUCACUCACCUCAGCGAGGAGAUGCGAGAAGAGCUUUUCGGGGACAAGGAGCUGGCGGCGAAAGUGGUGAAGCAGCAUAUCAUUCGAGACUCGGUCUGUUGCACAAGCAUCCCUCGGGUGAUGCCAUUUUUUGACACGUCUGGCCGUAGAGCCGCUUCUGGCGAUGUGGUCUCGUUGAGAAAGUCUGCUGGCGGCCAUAUUUAUGCCAACCGAGCUGAGAUCAUCACUUGCGACAUGAUGGCAGAGAACGGAGUCAUUCAUGCCGUGGAUCGUCUGAUUGAUUUGGACACCGCCGCCGAGGAUGUGGAGCAAAUUGUUUCCCAGACCAGAACCAGACCCUUCAACAUCUUCGAGUUGUUCUAACAAGGGCUCGAUUAUUUAUGCAUGCCAUGAAUUCACGACAGCUGCUACAUACAUACAAACGAGCUGAAAACCCAAAUUUGAAUCGAAAUAAAUAUCACCAGUAACGCAAGCUA